CAUCCAAAAGAUUAAAUCUUUCGGCGGCUGAGGAUAAACCCAGAAAUCCCUUUCCCGUUUCGAUUCGUAUAAAUCAAAAAAAUGCGGAAAUUUGCGGCGGAAAAGUCCAAAAAUUUGUUAGCACAUAGGAAAAUCUGUGCUGUCAGUUUGCAGCAUCCCACCGCUUCAGUCUUCUCAUCUCAAUCACAUCAAAAUCCGCUGCCCCAAUCGUCUAUUCUCCUGCGUUUCCUGAGCUCUGCUGCUUCGAAUCCAUCUGCUCCUUCUGAAUCCAUGGCUUCUGAUUAUUCCUCCACCCCUAUCAAGAUCGAUUCCAUCAAUCCUAAGGUUUUGGAGUGUGAGUAUGCAGUCCGUGGUGAAAUCGUGAACCUUGCUCAGAAAUUACAAGAAGACUUGAAGGUCAAUCCGGAUUCUCAUCCCUUCGAUGAGAUAAUAUACUGCAAUAUUGGAAAUCCUCAAUCUCUUGGGCAGCAGCCAAUCACCUUUUUCAGAGAGGUCCUUGCUUUGUGUGACCAUCCUGCCAUUUUGGAUAAAGGCGAAACACAGGGGAUAUUUAGUGCUGAUUCUAUCGAGCGGGCAUUUCAGAUACUCGAUCAGAUUCCUGGACGAGCCACUGGAGCUUAUAGCCACAGCCAGGGUAUCAAAGGACUGCGCGACACAAUAUGCUCUGGCAUCGAGGCUCGUGAUGGAUUCCCGGCCGAUCCAAAUGAUAUCUUCUUGACAGAUGGCGCAAGCCCUGCGGUGCAUAUGAUGAUGCAGCUAUUGAUAAGGUCGGAAAACGACGGAAUCCUUUGUCCUAUUCCGCAGUACCCUCUGUAUUCCGCUUCGAUUGCCCUGCAUGGAGGCUCUCUUGUUCCAUAUUAUCUCGAUGAGGCUACGGGAUGGGGUUUGGAAGUCUCUGAUGUUAAGAAACAGUUGGAAGCAGCCAGAUCAAAGGGUAUCGAUGUGAGGGCUUUAGUCGUUAUAAAUCCCGGCAAUCCCACCGGGCAGGUUUUGGCUGAGAGCAACCAACAGCAAAUUGUCGACUUCUGCAAGAAUGAAGGACUCGUUCUUUUGGCAGAUGAGGUGUACCAAGAAAAUAUAUAUGUGCCCGACAAGCAGUUUCACUCGUUCAAGAAAGUGGCACGGUCCAUGGGUUACGGGGAGAAAGACAUUUCUUUGGUAUCCUUCCAGUCCGUGUCGAAAGGUUACUACGGAGAAUGUGGAAAACGGGGAGGCUACAUGGAAGUCACUGGCUUCGCUCCCGAGAUAAGAGAGCAGAUGUACAAACUAGCAUCGGUCAACCUCUGUUCUAACAUAUCCGGUCAGAUUCUCGCAAGCCUCGUCAUGAGCCCACCAAAGGUGGGAGAUGAAUCGUAUGAAUCUUAUACUGCUGAGAGAGAUGGAAUUUUAUCCUCCCUGGCGAGACGAGCCAAGACUCUCGAAGAUGCACUCAAUAGUUUGGAGGGAGUAACCUGCAACAGGGCCGAAGGAGCAAUGUAUUUGUUCCCUCGCAUUAGCUUGCCAAACAAAGCAAUCGAAGCUGCAAAGUCCAUGAAAACUGCUCCUGAUGCAUUCUAUGCUCGUUGUCUCCUCAAUGCCACUGGAGUGGUUGUCGUUCCUGGUUCUGGAUUUGGACAGGUUCCCGGGACAUGGCAUUUCAGGUGCACGAUUUUACCUCAAGAGGACAGAAUACCAGCCAUCGUGUCUCGUCUCACGGACUUUCACAAAGCGUUCAUGGAUGAGUAUCGCGACUGAGCAAAGCCCAAUAGUUCGAAUUCGACUUUCCAAGGUUAUAUCUGUACAAACAAUAUAGGGCAAUAAAAAUGCUUUUGGUGAGCAAAUUUGGGUAGAGCUCAAUAUUAUCUUCAGAAUUUUGGGUUCAUAAAUUGGUUGUUUCUUGACUUGGAAGGCUGUUUUGUUGUUACAGUAAGAAAUAAAUUAGACUUGGAUGUUGAAACAAUAAAUUAGACUUGGAUGUUCGAUAUGUUUCACUUGGAAAUGUGCCAUCAUGUUGAGUCAUUUUCAUUUAUGGUAAAAAAAUAUCAGUUAUUUUAUUUUA